CGAUGAUUGUUAUGAAUAAUGUCUCUUUUUCUCAUAAUUCUGCAUCCUAUGGACAAGCAGGAGGAGGUGGGAUUUGUAUUCAAAAUGAAGGAAUACAGACUUUAGUGUCGUUUUCAAUUUCGAUAGAAAGAAGCAUUUUUGAGAAAAAUCGUGGGAAUUCUGGAGGUGCCAUAUAUUUACAGAGUUUUAAUGGCGAAUUUUUGUGCAAGCAUUCAGUUUUUAAAUCAAACAAUGCGACUUAUGUUCACGGUGGAGCAUUCUACUUCUUUAAUUCCAAUUCAACGAUAAACAUAUUCAACACAACCUUUGAAAAUAACACAAGUAUUAAAAAUGCUGGAGGUGCAAUGUAUCUAGAAAUUAAUUAUGGAAGUACGAUUCAUGUCGAUGAGUCAGUAUUUAAACACAAUGAAGCAAUUUAUAACAUGGGUGGUGGCAUGGCGAUAAAUACUAAAGGUGAUAUUUUGAAAAAUCCUCAAUGUAAACAAGAUAUUGUGCGCUUAUGGGAUUACAACAAUUCUGUAACGAUAAAGAACACGAAGUUUAUUGAAAAUUCUGCCCGAAAUGGUGGUGCAGUCUCCAUAAAAAACGGAAUAAUAUAUUUCAAUAAUUGUCAUUUUGUCAACAAUUUUGCAGAUGACGCUGGUCAUAUUAACUAUGAUGGACUGUACAGCGAAGGACCGUUCAUUUUACACAAUACUACCGCAUUACAAGAAAUACAGUCAUAUAAUCCUUUGGUCUCGAUUGCAAAUGGCGGGAUAGUGGAUUUUGAUAAUUUUACAAUGUUGCGUUGCCCAGUUGGAUCACAGAUAGAAAUGUUGAAUCUCUCUUAUAACAAAUGGAUAAAUAGUCCUUGUACAUACCACGUCACUAUACUUCGCUUUGUAUGUAAACAAUGUUAUCCAGGCACGUAUAGCUUACAGCGGGGUCACACAUUAGGAUUGAAACCAGUUCAUCCAUUUUCUUGUCUACCUUGUCCAAUUGGAGCCGAAUGUUACACAACCAUCAAAUCAAAGCCAAACUUCUGGGGAUAUUUGAUCAAGAAAAAUAAGCAAUCUUUAAAAUUUACCAGAUGUCCUGAUGGUUAUUGUCUUGGAGGCUUUGCAAACCCAAAAUACGACAGCUACAACAUGUGCCAAGGAAAGCGUAAAGGUUGGAUUUGCGGUCAUUGCUCUCCCGGUUACAGUGAAACUGUAUUGUCAACAAAUUGUAAAUUGACAGAAAAAUGUUUUGAUUAUUGGUUUUGGGUUGUGUUUAUCGUAUUGGCGUUCAUCAUGGCUUUGUAUUUUAUAUUUCAACCACCGAUUGUCACUUUUCUAGUAAAACAGAUAUUGUGGUUCAAAAAUGAAAGAAAAAUAACUAAACACCUGAGCGAGAACACCAGAAGAUCAUUACGGUCAACAGAGAUGCAGAGAAGCAAUUCUCCGUUUGUCCUCUCCACUGAAGAAAUUGAAAACGAAAGGAAGGAUUCCGUAGGAUUUCUUGAAAUUAUUUUCUAUUUCUAUCAGAUUUCUUCCUUACUGCAAACAGAUACAAACAUAAAGCACCUUUUGAAAGCCCAAAUAAUUAUUCCUGUUCAGAGAUUUUUCAAUUUUCAGGGAGUUCAUUUCGAAGGUGUAUGUCCAAUACCUGGUCUCACAGCAACUGGAAAACAUUUGUUUGAUGUUGCACCAGUAUUUGGAACUUUACUUGCCAUAUACUUUAUCUACAGUCUUCACUUUUUCAUAAGUAAGAUCUUUCGUGCAUACACUCCAAAAUUUAAACGUUACCUGGGGGCAACAAUGCAAACCAUUCUCCUAGGAUAUAUAAAAAUUGCCAACAUUAGUCUUGCACUAAUUCAAUGCGUUCCCAUUAACUCUGACCGUCGUUGGUUUUAUGAUGGUAACAUAUUAUGCUACCAAUGGUGGCAGAUAGUGUUCAUUGCAUUUGACGUUGUUGUAUUAUUUCCCUUCUUCCUGGUGUUAGCCUGGCUUGCCGUGAAAUUGCACAAUGGAAUGAUUUCAACAAAGCAAUUCUUUCUCGCUUGUGUUGUACCACUUCCUUUUUCCAUUUUUUGGUCUUUACAGUAUCUCUUGCAAUGGUUCAGUAUUUAUCGAAGUCCUGUAAACAGGACAGUAAACACUACUGAGUAUACAGAUACGCUGAAAUCCAUCUUUCUCGCUCCAUUUCGCAAGCCUGAAGAGGGAAAGACAGGUGCUGUCUACUGGCAGAGCAUUUAUAUUGCACGACGUUUUCUCUUGACAUUUCUUAGUUGUUUUAUCACUGAUCCCACUUUACGACUCAUGUGCAUGGCAAUCAUCUGUGUGCUGGCGUUAUUACAUCAUAAAUGUGUGAAACCAUUCCAAAACCCUCGUGCCAACACAGCGGAAACCAUUUCUCUACUAAGUCUUGCAGUAAUGGCUAUCAUUAAUAUGGGCAAAUCAAUUUACAGAUUUUCCAAAGAAGAUGUUAGUACAGGAUGGAUGUUUGUAUUUCCAACACUUGAUAUUAUCGAGAUGAUAAUGUUAGGUUUCAUACCUUUAAUAUUUGUUCUUUUGUUUGUAUUUGGGAUAUUAUCAUUGAUGGUACGUUUGGUUUUCAUGGCCAUCGCCACCAUACAUAGAAGAAUGCACCGCCAUGACCCAACAUACGAUGAAUUGUUGAACGAUAACCAUGAGGAAAACUGAGAGGAAUUUUUUUAAAUUAGAGUACUUUAAUGAAUUUGCGCACAAUAAUUUAUAUGAUUUUACUCAAUGAUUUAACUCUACUUGUGCAAUUUAUAUAAUUACUUAUGAUUUUACUAUAUUUAAUGGUUUGACUAAGCUUAAUGAAUUGACUAUGUAUUAAAAUUUGUUCAAAUAGCUUUAAA